AACGGUGCGUUUAAAGGAUAUACAGACAGCUUCAGCUUCUUGUUGGUUACAGUAGCACCAUAGGGUUUGCACCUCACACUCACUGUCACUGACAUUCUCGCAUAAUAGCGGUUUUCCCUCCAUUGGCGAAGUCGCAAGAUGGCUUUGCGAGGGGUUUGGCAACUUCGCAAGCUCAUUGUUAGCUAUAGCGACUGGGGCGGUAGCAGCAAAGGCAUAAGGGCAUUUAUGGAGUCGCAUUUGCCAGAAUUCAAGGAGAAGAAUCCUCAAUUAGAGGUGGUCACUGAAAUGAUUCGUGGUCAGCAUCCACAUCUGAAGGGUUUUUAUGAGAACAAAAACCAACGAGUAGUAUGUGUUAAGAAUUUGGAUCCGGAGGACAUCCUUCUGCAAGCAACCAGGCUAAGGAAUGCAUUGGGAAGGAAGGUAAUCAAACUGAGGACAAGACACGUAACCAAACACCCUAGUGUGCAAGGUACAUGGACAACUGCCGUGAAAUAUUAAAAUAGAAAAGGCAUGUUUAUGAGAAAGUUCCCCGGUGUAAUUCCAAAGUUGUUCCUUUUCUUAUGGUGAAUUUAUUGAUAAUUAUGAACUGAUAGGUUUCUAUGUUGCAUGGCGCAGUUUCUAGUAUUUCAAUAGUUCACUUUCCAUUUUGUUUAGGUUUUGUUGUUUGCUUCCCCAUGACGAAACUAGUGAAAUAAAAAGAUAUGAAAAACUGGCCAGAGUUUGAGGUUCA